CGUGUGCAGAUUCCAGCCACAAUCCACCUGCGCGAGCGAGCUAGUGGACUUCUGAUGCAACGCCAGACUGGCGAAAGAAGAGUGAGCGUUAAACAGUCGCGGGGAAAAGUUGUUUUUAUACCCACACCGUUAAUUUGGCUUAAAAGCAGAGCAAUGGAUUUCAGUACGUCCUGCCUGUGUUUAAUCAAUGUUAUUCUCCUCGCAGGCUCAGCCUGUGGACUACAGAUCACCUCCACUGGCCCCACAUCCAUUGAGAAAGCCAGUGGAGAGACUGUGAAGCUGGACUGUCAGUUUACUCUCUCUGCUGAGGAUUCUGGGCCUCUGGACAUUGAGUGGAGCCUGCAGCCCUCUGACAACCAGAAAGAAGAGAAAGUGGUGAUUGUGUACUCGGGUGACAGGGCCUUUGAACACUAUUAUGAACCUCUUAAAGGAAGAGUUCACUUCAACUCCCCUGACCCUAAAAACGGUGAUGCCUCCAUGAACAUCAUGGGUCUGAAAGCCACAGACACAGGCACCUAUCAGUGCAAGGUGAAGAAGGUUCCUGGUAUCAGCAGCAGGAAGUUCCUCCUUACCGUCAUGGUGCGCCCUUCUAAACCCAAAUGUUAUGCAGAGGGUCAGACUCAUGCGGGGAAAGAUAUGGUGUUGAGGUGUAGCUCUGCGGAGGGCACACAACCACUGCAGUACAUUUGGGAAAGAACCACAGGCAAUAAACUACUGCCGCCCCUGGCAGUGCUGGAUCCAGUCGGGGGCACCAUGAGUCUGAGGAACGCAACUGAGGCAGCUUCAGGAACAUACAAAUGCAUUGCUAAAAACCGUAUUGGAACAGAAGAGUGUUUGGUGGAGGUCAAUAUCACACAACCCCCUAACAAUGCCGGCAUCAUCGCAGCUGUAGUAAUCUGCAUUCUGCUGUUUCUCAUUCUCCUCGCACUCCUCCUCUUCUGCUUCUGCCGUGCCCGCAACAAGAAGAAGUACGAGAAGGAGAUUGCCUAUGAGAUCAGAGAGGAUGUCCCUCCUCCAAAGAGUCGUGUUUCUACCGCACGCAGUUUCACCAGCGUGGGCAGCCAGCGCUCCUCCCUGGGCUCCAUGUCUCCCUCUAACCUGCACGAGUACACCAAGUCCCAGUAUGACAAGAUACCCUCUGAAGAGUACGAGAAGCCCCCUAGUCAUGCCCCUAUUCCCCCACCCAGCAGAAUGGCCGGCCCCAACCUAAGCCGCAUGGGGGCCAUUGCUGUCAUGGUCCCAGCCCAGAACAGGGAUGGUUCCAUUGUGUAAAGCUGAACUGGGAUCAUUCGCCACACAUUUUGACUGUCAUUAUUCUAUUCAUUGUUCUAGUAGAAUUUGAGAAGGAGCAAAUAAAGGUCUCUGUAGAGAUCGCAGUGAGUCAAACUCAGCUUGUACCAUCUAUGAUAAUACAAUUUGACUUACAGAACUUCAACAAAUGUUAACAAAACCUUUGGUAAUGGUAUGCGGAAAGGUGACUGAUUCUCCUGCUCCUGUUUUGUAAAUAAUAAUGCAAUGCAUGAUGGUUUUUAUUUUCUCUCUCUUUUUUUCAUUUUUAAAAUAGAAGGCCCUAUAGAAUAUAAGACACUUGAAUUGUUUUUUUUAUUAAGUGUUCUCCAGAGAUGAAGUGAAACCCAUUGAACUAAAUGAAAUGCAUGUAGUACAACCCAUAGCUCUUGGUUUUAGAUGAGAACUCCCAAGCCAUUUGUUUUUCUUUUUGCUUUUUUUAUCAGUUUGAAACAUUUUUAGGCAACUUUAAACCAUUUAUCUAUGACAAUUAUUAUCUCUUUAUGCUACAAAACCUGGUAAAAAUUUACUCAGAGAUCUGUGGAAAAUAUGUGGGUCGGUUUUGGUUUCUGGAUGAUAUUGUUUUUUAAAAAAGAUAACAGCGUUUGUUUGGAUUGAAAAUGUACAUGUGAUGUGUAUAUGUGAACAUGAGAUUGUUUUAUCUGAAAAUGAGCUAAUACUGGAACUCAUAAACUGCUUUGAAUUUCUUAUUUUUUUGGACCAUUUGGCAGUUGUAAACCCCCAUCACACUGUGCCUUUUUUAACUUUGGGUGUAAUGAACUGGUGUCACUGGUGGGUCCAUGUCAGCAGUAAAUAACACAUGAAUGAUUACAAAACAAUCAUAAUUCAAACUACAUUUUGAUUAAGGACAUGCUGUGUGUCUGAUGUACACAGAUAGCAGCCUUUUCACGAUCUGCUUGUCUUUUGACCAGGGUUCCUGUUGAAUGUGUAAAUAUAUUUACUGUAAUGUUGGGUGCGAUUGAUUUCAUUUGUCUUUAUGGCUGUUGGCACUCAGGCUGCGAAUUUAAUGAAGGACAAGAGGAUGAUCAGGCUAAUCAUCCACAAUCUGGCUAAGGUAUUAUUGACAUUUAUUAUACAUAUGUUGUCAUUACCCAAAAGCACAUGCACUUGUGAUUUCCCUGGCUUUUAUUUAUUAAGCUUGUAAGAUGCAGUUACAGGAUCGGUUCAUCUUGUUUAAACAUGGAGACUAAUGCCAGUGUAAACAUGGAAAUCUGAUCUUUGAUCAGCAAACCUUUACUGCUGUGUGAAUCGACUUUCUUGAACCAAAUCAUCUGUUUUCUGUUUGGAUGGGGCCCAGUUGGUAUUUCAUUACAGUAGAGGUUAGGCCGGUUCUCUGUACAGUGCCAUUUAAAGAGAUAGAUACUGUCCUUACUAAUAAGAGACAACCAAUGAUUAUUAACUGUAGAUGUUUUCUUUAAAAAAACUCUGUACUAAUAUUACAUUAACUUUUUUUGCUUCCUAUUUGUUUGGUUUGCACAUCAUGUAUAAACCUCAUUUUAUUUUUGUGUGCUUUUUGUGAUGUAUUUUUGAAUAAAAAUGAAACUGUCAUUCUACACACUUU